ACACAUAUCUCCAAAUGUUAUUUCCCAGUGCCUCCAGAAAUAACUGUCCCACCCACACCAACACCUUUGCUUACCAUUGGAGAAAACUACACUCUGACUUGCAAUGCAUCUGGUGACCCUUUCCCAAAGAUAACUUGGACAAAAGAUGGUACACCAGCAGAAGAAUUUAAUGUGACAGGUUACAAGCUUCAUUUCACCAAUGUGAAGUUGAAGCAUGUGGGAUCAUACAGAUGUACAGCCAGCAAUGGAUAUGGAGAUAAUGCCACAAGUGUCAGUGUAGCCAGCAUAAGAUACAUCACAGUUUAUACAUGCAUUUGUUUUACAUUUGCCUGACGAGAUGGGGAUUUAAUACAGAUGAUUGUGGUGUCUGUUUCUGUGAGACCAUUUUGUGAAAAGUGGGACCUAGUGCUUUCUCACUAGCUACGCACUGACCUUUACAGGGCUCAAAAUGGACUUUAUUUUUUAUUUGGGUGUCAAGUUUUGAUUAAAAUGAUUGGUUCAGUGAUAAAUUUUGAGCAAAGACAUUUCUGUGCUUGAAACAUUUUCUUAGA